AUGUCCCGCCUGCAGUACGACCAGUUUGUCGACGACGACGAGGACGAGUGCUGCCCGCUCUGCGUCGAGGAGUUCGACCUGUCCGACCGCAGCUUCCGCCCGUGUCCCUGCGGCUACCAAAUAUGCCAGUUCUGCUACAACAACAUCAAGACCACCAUGAACGGCCUGUGUCCGGCCUGUCGCCGUCCCUACGACGACUCGACCAUCGAGUUCAAGAACAUCACCCCCGAAGAGAUGGCCAAGCACAAGCAGCAGAUUGCCCAGAAGGCGAAGAAGAACGCCCAGAUCCGCCAGAAGGAGGCCCAGAAGGCCGAGGCCGACUCGCUCAGCCGCAAGCACCUGGCCGGCCUGCGCGUCGUGCAGAAGAACCUCGUCUACGUGACGGGCCUGACGCCGACCAUCCGCGAGGACCGCCUGCUGGACACGCUGCGCGGGCCCGACUACUUUGGCCAGUACGGCAAGAUCAUCAAGAUCGUCGUCAGCAAGGCCCGCGAGAACGCCCAGCACCAGCAGUCGGUCGGCGUCUACGUGACCUUUGCCCGCAAGGACGACGCCGAGGCCUGCAUCACCGCCGUCGACGGCUCGCAGAACGGCGAGCGCGUGCUGAGGGCCCAAUACGGCACCACCAAGUACUGCUCCGCCUACUUGCGCGGCGAGCAGUGCAACAACCGCAACUGCAUGUUCCUGCACGAGCCCGGUGAGGACAACGAGAGCUUCACGCGCCAGGAUCUGUCCAUGAUGAACUCGAUCCAGACCCAGCAGCCCGCCCAGUCCGCCACGUCGCGCUCCGCCCCGCCUGCCCACCCGGGCCCGCCCGUCUCCGCCGCCGUCACCACGGCCGCCGCGCCCAUGAGCCGCCAGCACAGCAACGAGGGGUCAAGUCCCACCCUCGAGGCCCCGGGCCUGCCCGCCACCGCCGGCUGGGCGAGCAAGGCCGCCCUCGAGCGCCGUGCCAGCCGCUCGACCAUCGCGUCGCAUCCCAGCCCCAUGGUGCAGAACGCCACCCCCGCGCAGUCAAAAGCACCGACGCCCGCGCCGAAGAAGGAAGAGCCGCCCAAGCCAGAGCCGCCCAAGCCAGAGCCGCCCAAGCCAGAGGAGCCAGUGCCAAAACCCAAGACCAGAAAGGAGGAGAAGAAGGAGGAGCGCAAGAAGGAAAAGGCAAAGGAAAAGGCCGCCCAGAAGUCCAAGAACGCGUCGCCCGAGCCCAAGCCUGUAAAGCCAAAAGCAACCGGCCUUGAGGGUUUGCUCAAGGCCAUCUGCAACUCCGACUUCAAGUUUGUCUUUUCGAGCGCCGCGCUUUCAGACGAGGACUUCAAGGCCAUUAUCGAAUUCCCCCAGCUUCUGGAUCCCAAUGGAGGCGCCAAACGACGCGCCAUGCGGGAGAAAGAGCAGGAGCUCCUGAACCAGCGCGAGGCCGAGGCCGAGGCGAAAGCUGCUAUGCAGCCCCAGCCAGCCGCAGCCGCAGCCGCAGCCGCAGAGCCUGAGGAGAACGAGGCCACCGCUGGAGGCAGCCUCCAACUCGGCGGCGAGCCCGAAGGGAGUCACGACCCCACGGGCAACCACCAGAAUCAACACGUCAUUGCUCCUCCAGGUCAGCAGGGAUUCGGCGGCAACCUCUUCGGCAGCGCUCUGGCAGAAGACUUCAGUAACCUCGGUCUGAACAACCGCGCCCUGACGCCAGCGCAGCAGCAGCAGCUCCUGCUGUCCAACUUCAAAUCUGGACCCCAGUCUGCCGCCCUUCUCUCCACCCUGCAGGGCGGCCAGAACCAGCAGAACCUCAACGCAAACCCAACAGGCCACGGCAGGCACACCUCCCGCUUCAGCUUCGCCAACGACAGCGCCUCGGCGUCCGCAAACGUCCAGCCCGUCGCAAACCAGAAGCUCAUGAACCAGCAAAACUCAAUGAUGCCGAAGAACGCGAACCAGUUCAAUCAGAUGCCGCAGCAGCAAGCUCUGGGCGGACACUUCUUCACCAACGUACAGGGACCGCCGCCGGGCCUGAAGCCCACCGGCACCCCGCCUGUUGGCGGCACCAACAUGUUUGCGCAGGGCCACGGCUUCGCUACCGGCGGUCUGCCCUACGGCGCAAACGCCAACCGAAGCACCAAUGAACUGUAUCAGGAUCUGCUCCGCAACAGGAACAUGGACGGUGGUGCUAGGACGGCUGAUUCUGGUAAGCGUGAGUCAAUGUUUCCUUCUUUCCUCAACCAACACCCCUCGACCUCUACAUCCCCCGCCCCUGGCCUGCUGAACUUCCCUUACGGACCCUCGCCUGGCGCUUACCAGGAGUCUGGUUCGCAGAAAUCUAAGAAGAAGGGCAAGAAACAUCGCCACGCCAACACCACUUCCUCUGGAGGAGGUGGCAUGGCUGAUAUGCAAGACCCGAGCAUCUUACAGGCGAGGCUCCAUCAGGCGAACAUGGCCCAGGGCCCCUAUGGCCAGGGCCAGAAUGGCUUUUCUUCUCUUUACGCAAACAACAACAACUUCGGCGGCGCCGGAAGGUGGUAG